AUGGUCAGGCCAGGCUGUCCAGUCAUUCUGCUCCACCUCUUCAGCAUCUUUGUACAGACGAGAGCACGCACUCAGGAUAUCCUGUAUCCAUAUGGACCUGGCACUAGAGAUCUAGAGACACCAAAGAUGGAUGAUGGGAGUUCUCCUGAAAUCAUCUUGUUCAUUCCCUUCAUUUUCUUCAAUAACCCCUACCGUUCCAUUUAUGUAAACAACAAUGGUGUGAUCUCUUUCAACGUUCAAGUUAGCCAGUUCACUCCAGAGGCUUUCCCCCUCAGUGACAGCAGAUCAUUUAUUGCUCCACUAUGGGCAGAUGUGCACAACGGCAUCAGAGGAGAUGUUUACUACCGAGAGUCCACCGAACUUGAAAUGCUGGAAAGGGCAACACAAGAUGUGAGGAAGUUCUUCAAAAACAUGCCCAGCUUCACCGCUACUUGGGUCUUCAUUGCAACAUGGCACCAAGUCACCUUCUACGGUGGAAGCCAGACAACUCCGGUGAACACAUUCCAAGCUGUACUAAUCUCCGAUGGCGUGGCCACCUUCAGUAUGUUCAACUAUGGAGAAAUCACAUGGAGUACGGGAACCGCCAGUGGUGGAGAUCCUUUAACGGGACUGGGUGGUACUACAGCUCAGUCAGGUUUUAAUGGAGGAGACAUUGGACACUUCUUUAACCUGCCAGGAUCCCGGUCAAAUGAUGUGGUGAACAUUGAACAGACGACUAAUGUAAACAUCCCAGGACGCUGGUUCUUCCGUAUUGAUACUGAGCUCAUAGAUCCUGCUAAUGGCUGCAGCUAUAACGGUCGUUUUUACAGACGAGGGGAAAUCUUCUGGCUGUCUGAUCAGUGCUCCCAGAGAUGUCGCUGCCUUGACAUCGAUAACGAGGUUCAGUGCCAAGAGGCUCCUUGUGGGCAGUUGGAGAUCUGCGAGCAGCAGGAUGGGGCAUUUUACUGCCAGCCGACCCGAACCAGCACCUGUGUGGUGUUUGGAGACCCUCAUUACCACACCUUCGAUGGAUUCCUCUAUCACUUCCAGGGUACAUGCUCUUACCUGUUGGCUCGGCCCUGCUGGGAGAUGGCGGGGUUGCCCUUCUUCAGCGUGGAAGCCAAAAAUGAAAACCGGGGGAUCACAUCAGUUUCUUGGCUCAGAGAUGUCACAGUGGAUGUCUAUGGUCAUCGAGUCACGCUACCCAAAGGCAGUUUGGGAAGAGUUAAGGUGGAUGGCUUGAUGAAGACCUUACCAGUCCAGCUCCAGCUUGGUGCCAUCAGAGUAUACCAGUCUGGGCUUGCAGUCGCUUUAGAAACAGACUUUGGACUCUUGGUAACUUAUGACGGCCAACACUAUGCAUCCAUCUCUCUACCCAGCUCUUACUUCAACAACACUUGUGGCCUUUGUGGUAACUAUAACGAUGACCCCGCUGAUGACCCUGUGCUUCCUGAUGGCUCUCUAGCAGAAAGUGUUGUGGAAUUAGGGGGCAGCUGGCGGGCAGAAGACACCGACUGGAGGUGUACUGAUGGCUGUGUUCAGAACUGCAGCAUGUGUGACCCUCUUACAGAAGCUUUCUACUUCCGCUCAGACUACUGUGGGCUCAUCAACAAAACCGAUGGACCUUUCAGGGACUGCAGAGCUGUCGUUGACCCUACAGCCUUUGUGUACAGCUGUGUUUAUGACAUGUGCAACAACAGGGAUAAUAUUACAACUCUCUGCCAGGCCAUACAGGCUUACGCUUUGGCCUGCCAGGCCAUUGGUGUCACAAUACGACCCUGGAGAUCUCGCACCUUCUGCGCUUUGUCAUGUCCUGAGUUCAGCAAUUACCAAGUGUGUACAAGUGCCUGCCCAGCCUCCUGCUCCGACCUCACUGCUCCUUUAUACUGUGCUCAUCCAUGCACUGAAGGCUGCCAGUGUGACCAAGGAUAUGUUCUAAGCGGCAGCCGUUGUGUACUGCGUGAAGACUGUGGUUGUGAGCAUAACGGCAUCUACUACCCACUUAAUUACACUUUCUGGGCAGGUCCCAGUGGAGAAGAAGGCGAAUGUACCCUCCGCUGCACCUGUGGUCUGUCUGGAGAAGUCAACUGUUUCAAUGACUCUUGUAAGGAUGGUGAGGUGUGCGUUGCAGAGGUCGGCUUGCUCGGUUGCUAUCCUAGAAGGGAGGGAGUGUGCUCAAUCACUCAAAACUCUGUGACAUCCUCCUUUGAUGGUACCUUCCUGCUGUUCCCAGAUGACAGCUCCUACUAUCUACUGAAGCUGUGUGCUGCAGUACCGGCCAAUGGUUCAAUGGUGGAGGUGAAGAUAGGCAGGCGACUAGUAAACAAAGGUCCCACCUGGAAAAGGCCUGUGGUUGUAACAGUUGCUAACAUGGAAGCUCAGAUGGGAGGGUUAGAUUUUGAUACAGUAAAGGUGAAUGGUGAACAAGUGGCGCUCCCGUAUGUGAACCCAAUGGAGACGAUGAUGAUCUACAGAGCACCAGGGAACGCUACAGUGGUGGAGUCCCGUGGUCUGCUUCGUGUCCACUACACACGCCAAGGAUUCAUUAACAUCUCCCUCUCCACCAUCUAUUACAAUGUGACUUGUGGUCUGUGUGGCGUCUUCAACAGCAAUUCCACUGAUGACCUUCGCCUUCCAAACGGACGUCUUGCCGAGUCCACCGAGCAGUUCACAGAGGGCUGGAGGGCCAUCGCUGAUGAUCUUACCUGUAACGGUGACUGUGAUGACUUGUAUCGAAUGUGCACAGACUUACGUCUCUAUCAGAGUCCGUGGAUGUGCGGGAACAUUAACGAUCCUGGGAAUAGUUCAUUUCUGGCUUGUCACGCAGUGGUCAACCCCUCACCGUUCUUCAGGAACUGUUUGUACAACAUGUGUGUAAGGGAAGGGAAUCGCUCAGCGCUGUGUUCCUCACUGCAGGCUUACGCCACCGCAUGUCAGGAUGCACAAGUCGGUCUCGCUUCCUGGAGGAGUGCAACCAACUGCCCUCUUCCCUGUCCAGAGAACAGCCAUUUUGACGAGUGCACCAGCGCCUGCCCCCUGACCUGCACCAACUUGGAUGAACCCGAAGAGCCCUGUCCUCUGCCGUGCCAGGAGGGCUGUCAGUGUGAAGAGGGUUUUAGGCUGCGUGAUGGCCUGUGUGUGGCACGCAGUGACUGUGGCUGUAUGAGCCACGGUCGCCAGCUGGCCACUAAUCAGACAUUCUGGACAGACUGGGAAUGCCAGGAGCGCUGCUACUGUAACGGCUCUGACAACAGUGUAUACUGUCAGCUGGCACCCUGUGACUCUGAGGAGUACUGUCAGGAGAACGAUGGCCUGUAUUUCUGCCUGCCACGAACUGAGGCCUUGUGUGUGGCGGCUGGUUAUGGGCAUUUUCUGCCUUUCGCUGGUGUACCAUUUGAGCUGCAGAGCUCUUGUACGCUUAGGAUGGCCACCACCAAUUGUGGUAUGGAAACCAGGGACCCCACAGCCAUCAGUGGAGCCUUUCCUCACUUUAAACUAGCAGCUCGAAACGAGGAGAGAGACACGGGCCAGGCAAUCUGGGUCAGAGGAUUUGUCCUGGAGGUCUAUGAGUAUGAGGUUGAAGUUUCUCGAAGCUACAAGAACACUGUCACGGUGAAUAAGGAGCGUUUGUACCUUCCUCUGAAGCUGGGUCCAGGAAAGAUCAACAUCUUCACCUUGGGCAUGCAGCUCAUCUUGGAGACAGAUUUUGGCUUAAAAGUGGCCUUCGACUGGAACACUCUGCUCCUGUUGACUUUGCCCCGUGACCUCUACAACACCUGCUGUGGUAUCUGCCAGGGCAUGCCCUUAUCCCCACCCACCCUUACUACCACAGACUGGGGCAUGGCCUGGGCAGAGAGGGACACCUUCUGCCAGGUGGGCUGUGGAGACUCCUGCCCUCGCUGCGGCCUCGGGGAAAAAAGCGAACUAAAUGAAGCUGUGAGGCUGUGUGGGCUCAUUGUGGAUCGGGCCGGUGUGUUUGCACGUUGUCACAGCAAGGUGGCGCCUGCGUUCUUCUAUCAGAGCUGCCUGCAGGACACAUGUUUGGACCAGGGAGCUCAGGAUACAAUCUGUAACUGGCUGCAGAUUUAUGCCAGCACAUGUCAGACCCAAGGAGUGCCUGUUACCGGCUGGAGGAGUGACACACCGUGUGUCCAGAGCUGUCCACCAAACAGCCACUACUCCAGCUGUGUGUCAGUUUGCCCGCCACAGUGCGCCCCCGCCCGUGGACAGAGGGACUGCAGUCAGGACUGCGUGGAGGGCUGCCAGUGUGACCAGGGUUACGUCCUCAAUGGCAAGAGCUGCAUCCUACCUCAAAACUGUGGCUGCUACACUGAUGGCAAGUACUAUGAGCCCAAACAGCUAUUCUGGAACAGUGACUGCACCAAACGUUGCCAGUGCAUUGGGCGAAACCUGAUCCAGUGUGACCCUCGCCGUUGUAAAGCAGAGGAGGAGUGCACCCUGCGGCACGGAGUGAGGGGCUGCUUUGCCCGGCGUUCCCAGCACUGCGUGGCAUCGGGCGGUGGAGUCUUUAGGACCUUUGACGGCGCAUCUCUUCGACUACCGGCCUCCUGCUCCUUUGUCUUGUCCACAAACUGUCACAAGCUACCAGACCUCUCCUUCCAGCUCAUCGCCAACUUUGACAAAUGGAGCACACCCAACCUCACCACCAUCUCUCAUGUCUACCUAUACAUCAAUGAGGAGAAUAUUCUCAUCUCUGGAAACACUGUCAAGGUCAAUGGUACACCAGUAUCAGUUCCAUUUUUAACCGGGCUGAUGACACGUCUGUCCACAUCUGAAGGUUUCAUCGUCAUUGACACACCCCAGGACAUCCAGGUCAGAUACAACCACUUUAACACCCUCAGCAUCACGAUGGGCCAGCGACUUCAGAAUAAGGUGUGCGGCCUCUGUGGAAACUACAAUGGAGACCCCAGUGACGACUAUAUCACUUCCAGAGGCAAGCCGGCUGUUAGCGCCCUGGAGCUCGCCCAGAGUUGGAAGACCAACGGUAUGCAGAACAGAAAGUUUAAACCUUAUUAAUAUAAAACCUCUUCAUCUUUUUCUUCUAGUUGCGAUGAAACCCAGUACGUAGCUCUGGCUCAGUCUUGUGAUAACACGGCUGUGGUUGCUCUACAAGGUGAAGACGCCUGUCAGAAGCUCACCCAGCAGAAAGGUUUCUUCCAGCCAUGUCACGGCCUGCUGGAUCCGCGGCCUUUUUACCAGUCCUGCUACCUGGACGGCUGCUAUAACCACCGCAAAGCUCAGGUCUGUGGCUCACUGGCAGCCUAUGCUGAAGCCUGCCGCUCCCUUGGAACCCUCACCACCAAGUGGAUCACCCAGGAGAACUGCUCAGAAUGGAUCUACGACCCCUGUGCAGGAGAGAUCUGCACAAACUUCACCUGUGAGCUGGAGAACGGAGGAGACUUGUGUGGCUGUCCAGAGUUACCCACCAGCACUGGAGGUGAUGAUGAUAUAAUCCAGGCAGAGGUGACCUGUAAGCACGCUCAGAUGGAGGUUUCCAUAUCUAAGUGUAAACUAUUCCAGCUGGGCUUUGAGCGAGAAGACGUCAGGAUUAACGAUGAGCACUGUGCCGGCAUCGAGGGAGAAGACUUCAUUUCCUUCCACAUCAACAACACAAAGGGGCACUGCGGCUCCAUCGUACAGUCAAAUGGCACCCACAUCAUGUAUAAGAACACAGUGUGGAUAGAGAGCGUGAACAACACCGGGAACGUCAUCACCAGGGACAAAACCAUUAAUGUGGAGUUUUCUUGUGCCUAUGAGCUGGACCUGAAGAUCUCACUUGAGACAGUCCUAAAGCCCAUGCUCAGCGUGAUUAACCUCACCUUACCGACCCAGGAGGGAAACUUCAUCACCAAGAUGGCUCUCUAUAAGAACAACUCGUACCGCCACCCAUACAGAGAGGGGGAGGUGGUGCUCAGCACACGGGAUGUCCUGUUUGUGGGUGUGUUUGUGGAGGGAGCAGAUGAAAACCAGCUCAUCCUCAUAGUAAACAUGUGCUGGGCCACACCUUCGCGCUACAGCAGUGAUCGGCUCCGCUACAUCAUCAUAGAGAGAGGGUGUCCAAACAUCAAAGACAACACCAUUGGUAUGGCAGAAAAUGGCGUGUCGCUCACCUGUCGCUUCCAUGUCACCGUCUUUAAGUUCAUCGGGGAUUAUGAUGAGGUCCAUCUCCACUGUGACGUCUCCCUGUGUGACUCAGAAAAAAACGCCUGCAAAGUGAACUGCCCACACAAGAGAAGGAUGUACUCAGAGGACAACGACCAUAAACCGCACAUACUGACCGUAGGACCAAUCAGGAGGAGAGAAUCUGACUGGUGUGAAGAGAACAACGGAGGCUGUGAGCAGAUCUGCACCAGUAAGACAUCUGGACCCAUCUGCAGCUGUGUGACUGGGAUGCUGCAACGAGAUGGGAAAAGCUGCAGAGGUAAGAACAAUACACACAGCCUCUGUCUUUGA